GCAUUUCUUCAUUUCUUCGGCAAUGCUUGGGGUCCCCCCUUUUCUGGUAACUUAACUUCGUUUCAAGUGCCGGUCUUUGAGAUCAGUCAGUGAUAAACUAUCUGUUCAAAAACACUUUUUCCUUCGCAACGUGCAGUUAUUUUAUAUGCAAGUUCAUUUUUCCUAUUAGUGAAAAGUGCAAGUGCAUCCAGAAUAACUAAAAACUUCUGACACUUUCUUUCAUAUCCUUCACUUCUUACGAACUGCAGAAAGAUGUCACUGGAUAGAAGAAAAUUUGUGUGGGCAGAUAUUAUAGUGACUGCUAUUUUCUCUCAUUGAAGAAAUGUCCCUAAGUAUCCUGGAUAGGACUGCAAACCCAGUUGUAUAUUAUAAGAUUAGAAUGAACGUACGUCCACCUGAUUGACGCGAAUGGAGGUGGAUUGAGCGAUCAACAAAUUUUUCAUAUCUAGUCAAUUUAAUUUAAGGAUCAAAAUGGUAUUGGAAACUGUGAUGAUAUCCACUGCGCUGAAGACAAUAAGUCUUGUUGGAAGCGCACUUUGGAUAAUUCCCCUUUUAAUAGCAAGUGUAUCGUAUUUAAACUACAACAAAUUAGACCCAGAAUCUUUAGUGGUCAAUAGAAAAAGCCUUUUCAGGGAAUACGACUUUGUGGUAGUUGGAGGAGGAAGCGCAGGUGCAGUAGUAGCCUCCCGUCUUUCCGAAAUUCCCAACUGGAGUGUCCUCCUUCUCGAGGCAGGUCCAGAUGAGAACGAAAUCAGCGAUGUGCCUUCCUUAGCUGCAUACCUUCAACUCUCGAAACUGGAUUGGGCAUACAAAACCAUGAAUACCGGAAGGGCCUGUUUGGGAAUGAAGAACGGACAGUGCAACUGGCCUAGAGGCAAGGUCCUUGGAGGCAGUAGCGUCCUCAACUACAUGCUAUACGUUAGAGGAAAUAGAAAAGACUAUGAUCAUUGGGAAGAUCUUGGAAAUCCUGGAUGGAAUUACGACAACGUUCUUAAAUACUUCAUAAAAUCUGAAGAUAACAGGAAUCCCUACCUGUCAAAAACCCCCUACCAUGGUACCGGAGGAUUGUUGACUGUCCAAGAAGCACCAUGGAGAACUCCCCUAGUGGUUGCUUUCGUGCAAGCUGGUACAGAAAUGGGCUAUCAAAACAGAGAUAUCAAUGGUGCAGAACAAGCCGGUUUCAUGAUAGCCCAAGGAACGAUCAGAAGGGGACAGAGAUGCUCAACGGCUAAGGCCUUCUUACGUCCCAUUAAGCUCCGUAAGAACAUCCACGUAGCUCUAGACUCACAUGUUACGAAGAUCUUAAUCAAUCCUACCACCAUGAAAGCUUUCGGUGUGGAAUUUGUAAGACAUGGUCGAAAACAAAUAGUAUUAGCGAGGAAGGAAGUAAUACUAUCAGCUGGAGCUAUAAAUACUCCUCAGAUAAUGAUGCUUAGCGGUAUAGGACCAAAGAAACACCUCAGCCACUUCAACAUACCAACUCUAAAAGAUCUUCCUGUUGGAGAAAAUCUUCAAGACCAUGUGGGAAUGGGAGGACUGACAUUUCUGAUAGAUAAACCAGUGUCCAUAGUGCAAGAUAGGUUUCAAGCAUUUCCAAUGACGAUGCAGUACGUCGUUAAUGAAAAGGGACCUAUGACAACAUUAGGAGGAGUGGAAGGACUAGCCUUCGUCAGUACCUAUCUCGGAAACAGAUCCUGGCCGGAUAUACAAUUCCAUAUGGCUCCGGCUAGCAUCAACUCAGAUGCUGGAGCAAGGGUAAGGAAAGUUUUAGGUCUAACAGACCACCUCUACAACACAGUAUACAAACCUAUAGCCAACAAGGAUGUUUGGACGUUGAUGCCACUUCUUCUUCGUCCUAGAUCAAGAGGUUGGGUGAGACUGCAAAGCAAAAACCCUUUCGAAGCCCCUUUGAUCAAUGCUAAUUAUUUCGAUGAUCCUUUCGACAUCAAAACCCUUGUAGAAGGUGCCAAAAUAGCCAUCAAUAUAAGCGAAUCUAGAGCUUUCAAACAGUUUGGUUCGCGUUUGCACAGGGUGGCCUUUCCGAAUUGUAAAAAAUUCGAAUUUGGCAGUGACAAGUAUUGGGAAUGUCACAUAAGGACGAUUUCGAUGACUAUCUACCAUCCUGUAGGGACAUGCAAAAUGGGUCCAUCUUGGGAUAGGGAGGCUGUGGUCGAUCCCAGAUUGAGGGUGUAUGGAGUGAAUGGUUUGAGGGUUAUAGAUGCCAGUAUCAUGCCUACAAUACCUAGUGGAAAUACGAAUGCUCCUGCUAUAAUGGUUGGAGAGAAAGGUGCCGAUUUGAUCAAAGAGGAUUGGCUCUCGAAAAAAAAGUAAACAUUUUUGAAUGCUCAAAAUACGUGCCAUUUGAUGUGAAGGGAUAAAUUUAGCUGUAAAUGAGUGAACAAGGAAUGAAAUAGUUCGAUUUAGUUGGUAUCGCUUAAAUAUUAAAGACUUCUCAGUUGAAACACACU